AUGGGGGACUGUGCUUACUCUAGCAGCGCAUUGACGUGCGCAUUGCAGAUGCUCUUCAACCUCCAACUGGAAAGAAAGAAACCGAAACGCACCUUCUCUUUUUGUUUCUGGGCCUGGACCUCCGCUCUCGUCCUCGGAGGUGGCAUGUGUUUAGAUUAUCUCCGCCUGCCUUGGGGGAAGUCCGCGGAGAUAGAGUAUGCGUGUCUGAGAUGGUCCUGUGCGGAAUUGAAGUGGGGUGGGGGCAAGAGAUCGCAAGUCGACGGCGACGUGGGUGAGAAGGAGUGGAAGCUAGUAGUCGGCAGUGAAGUGUGGAAAGCUCGGAACCGCAAGAAUUCGGAGAAGGAACGGGCAGAGAAGGUAUCUGGUUCUAUAGCGACAAGCUACAAACAAAAGGCCCGUAGCUUGAGGGGCAAUCUGUACAGCGAUGGAAUAGAAACAAUAAAUCCGGGAUUAGAUGACGACAGGUGCUGGGCAAUUCCAAUAAAGCAGCAGCCAAGCCAGCCAGCUAGCCAGCAGACAAGCAAGCAAGCAAAAUAG